AUGGCGGCGUUCAUGGCUAGCGGCUGGGCCAUGGCGUCGAGCAGGCCAAGCUUCGUCACCCCUCGAAGCUUCUUUAACUGGGGCCAAGGCGCGAGAGAAGCCGCGCUGCCGCCGCCGCAGCUGCAGUUCCGGUACCACGACGUCGAGCCGCCGUUCCCCAUGUCGCUCGUGACAAAAACACACCUCAGAGACCGUGAGCUCAAGUGCUGCUACAAGGCCACCGUGGACGGCUUCAGCGCGACGGACUUCCACCGGCGGUGCGACUUCAAGGGCCCCUGCGUCGUCGUCGGCUACACCGACUGUGGCUUCCGGUUCGGCGGGUUCAGCCCGGAGGGGUACCGCAGCACGGACGACUACUACGACACGCUGGACGCGUUCCUCUUCUACUGGCUCGACGACGAGCUUGCUCUUGCUGCGCCAGCGGAAGCCACCGAGGCCUCACCGCCGCUGCCCGUGGUGCUGCCGAAGGUGGGCGGGAGCGGCGCGGCGCUGUUCGACUACUCCCGCGGCGGGCCACAGUUCGGCGCCGACGGCCUGCUCAUCGGCCCGCCACUCACCGCCGUGAUGGGCGUGUUCACUGGACCCGACUCCAGCGCCGGCGUCGGCGACCUCCGCAGCGCGCGCUCGCGGCUCGGCCUGUCGUACGCCAGGCGGCCGGAUGGGAAGGAGAGCCUGUUCGGCGACGAGGGCAGGGCCCAGCUCGCGGAGGUGCUCGUCUUCUGCAACCCGGAGAUCGCGAGCCUGUACUGA